UUGCUUAAAUCGAUAUCAACAAAAAAUUAAACAUGGCGGCCCUCAUGUUUAGAAAUGUGUUGUCAAAAUUAUCUCAAUUGCAAAUAACACCAAUAAAAUCUUUGAGGCCAAAUGGUAUCAUAAAUUGUACUUCCUCUGCAAACUAUGUUUUGCAAGCUCAAGCUAUUGAGAAAUGUGCGAUCCGCAUGUUACGUUCAGAGGCAUCCAAUAAUUUUGAAGGAACAAAGUUAAAUGCUUCACAACCAACCUCAGCAAAGCCACAACAAGAGGUCUUGGAAAAUCAGCAUGAAUCUGAAAUCGCCAUCACCAAAGAAACUAUUGCAAAAGUCAACAGUCAGAUAGAAUUAAAUUCCCAUGGAAGACUUUUUGCUGUAAUCCAUUUGGCUGGCAAGCAAAGACGAGUGACAGAUGGUGAUCUCAUUAUGAUUGAAGGAGCACACCCUGCUGAUGUGGGGGAUGUUAUUCGUGCCGAAAAGGUUCUCCUCCUUGGCUCAAGAGAUUUCACCUUGAUAGGGCGACCUCUCCUUCGCCCUGACUUGGUGAGAGUAGAAGCCACAGUGGUUGAAAAGUCUCUCACACACACCAAAACUGUUUUUCGGAAUAGAAGAAGGAAGAACACUAGAAGCAUCAACUUUUGCAGAAGUCAUUUCUCGAUUAUGAGAAUCAACUGUGUUCGCCUUGAGGGUCUGGUUGACCAGCGCCCCGAAAUCGAAGGUGUCGAUGGAAGAAUUUUUUGAAUGUGAAUAAAAUUUAGCAUAAGUUGCUGAAGUUCUGGAACAAUACAUACUAGCAAAUAA